CUCUUUUCUUCUCCCUUGUAAAACGAAUCUCCCUCUUCUCCGCCCUGACACUGGAUUCCUCUCAGGCUGCUGGGGUUUAUUUUUAGAAAGCAGUCAUUCUUGCAACAGCCUUCUGCAUUUUUGCAUGUGCAGCAGUUAAAUUUUGGGUGGUUCUUUAGAGAGAGGAAAAAAACAAAACAAAAACAAACGUAUUUUGGUGUGCAUUUCAUGGUGUGCUUUCUUUCAAACGUUUCUAUGUCCAUUUAUAGGUAUAUGAGUUUGCAGUUUUAUAUCCAGUAUGUAUGUAUGUGUUUGUGUGCAAACAUAUGACUCAUACCUAAUUGCAUUUCAUACAUACACACUAUAGGUAAGAAAUACAUAAUCAAUAGAAGAGAACUUUAAUUUUUGUCACUGUAUGAAAACUGGUAAAGGAGGUGUGCUACAAUUUCACUCAAUUGAGAGAGCAGUAAUUUAAAGAACCGUUUGAAAGAGAUCCUUGUGCUACCUGAGAGAAACUGCAGUCCCAAGACUUUACAGUCUAAAAAUGGUUAAUCAGCCAAGGUCAACUAUUUGGGUUAGCCAGACAAUCUUCCCAACCAGCCGAGGGGAUGGGGGAUUUCCAGAGGAAUGUCUUCCCAUCUCGAAGGAAGUAAACCGCAAGAAGAAAAAUGAGGUGGAAGGAGCAUGCCGGGCUCCUGUAAAUGGCUAUGGACACCAUUUCACUAAAAUCAAUUACCUCUACUCUUUUUAAUCAUGAUUUUUCCAUUUGUAUUACAUAUGGUGUAUGGGUUUGAUGAGGUCAUGGUGUCAUAUAUCGGGAAUUGUUUCUGUGUAAAUCAUCAAGUGUAAGAAGAAACUAUGGGACUCUGAGCCUUGCUUUAGAGAAUAACAGUGGACAAAUGUGUACCAUAAAACUAGGUUUUAACAUUCUGACUCAAGCGAAAGCUCUCAGAAUUUCUCACUGUGAAUCCAUGUUUACAAACAUUACAGGUGGGCCCUCAGGCCUGGUUCUACCACAGCAAUGUCUUCCACUACUCAAACUCCAUUGCUCACAUGCAACCGGUAAACUGCUCUCUCCAUUUCCACCAUCCCUAACUGCUUUUUGCAGAGGCUGAGAGUCCCCCUUUUUUUCAUUUAGAUGUAACAAGCCUAGUAGUUUAUUUUCAUCGAUUGUCUGUAUAUCUCUAUAUUUUAUCCAUGUACUCUUUUGAUGUAUAGAAGUAGUAUGAAACUCAUGGUUUCCUUGUGGUAAGUGAUUGUGAUGCUGCCACGGGAUUUGAGACACUGAUGAAUGGUGCUAUUUUGGACUUUAAAUAUGCUCCUUGGCAAGGUAGCUCUGAUGGAGUUAUUUUUUAUUUCCAUGUUCUGAGAAGGUGUUGGUACUUUGUUUUUCUGAAUGUUGUUCUUUAGACUGGACUGACUUGUUUACUUGUGUCUUCAGUGUGGCUUUCUUAUUCAGUGCCGUAGGUGAGUAACUACUUAUAGUGUACAAGUGAGAAACUGAUUCCCUAUCAGGGUCCACUCACAAAUAUGCAGUUAUAGUGGGAGCAAUCACAAAACUGUAAUUUACGUAAAAUCUCCUUUCUGACUCCUAUCCACCUAAAUGGGAGAAAGACAAGCAAUAAUUUUUAACCAACCUCUCAAAAUGUUUUGAGUUUUGUUAUUUUCUAAUGCCUUUUUGAAAGAGUGACAAGUUUUAAUGUCCUCUUCAAAUCAAUAAUAUAGGGGAUAUUGUAAGAAACAUACAGCAAAUUCCUGAGAGGUGAAGUCCUAAAGGGGAAAGAGUACAUUCCCACAGUACUGUCAACAUGUGGAUUUUACAUUUUUGUUCUUGCUCCCAGAAUACUAUCAAUACAAAACAAUACAAAACACAAAACUAAACAGUAUCAUCUAUUCAUGGGAUGUUGUUGUGUUAGACACAGUCUGAAAGCCCACCUUAAUUUUUUAUAUAAUUCUGUCUUUUAGCUCUUCCUUUCACAGGGCAGGCCUUGUUCUGAACUGUUUUAGCUUCUGACUGUUAAAUACCAAUGCAUGCACUGCACUUCCUAGAUUUCUUUCCUUUUCCCUCCUUCAGUAUCUCUUUUAUUGUACAUUUUAUUUUCCAAUAGAUUAGAUAUGUCUACUGUGCUGUAUAUAGAGCAACAAAUAAUAUUCAGCAGUUGUGGCAUUUAUGUAUAGUUGCAGUUGUGUACUGCUGAAAACGCAGGCUUUUGUAACAAUGUGAUCUUUAAUAAUGCACUACCAGUACCCAAUGUAUUUUAGCUAUUUUAGUAGGAUUUGUUCAAUAAAUAUGCAAUCUGUAAGGGUA